AUGUUCAGGGCUGCCGAUCGUGGCCACUUUGUCAGCUGGGUACCGACUUCGCAGAAGUCGUGGAGGAAUCGGCGGGUGCUUCUCUCGGGCGACUGGGAGUCGCCUUCGGGACAGCCUGUCCGAUUUCGUAUUCCCACAACCUUCCAAAUAGCUUGUAAGUUGAAGCAGCCGAUCGCAACGCAGGCCGAGAUCCAGCAAGUGGAGAGAGUGAGGAGGAAAGUCCAUGCCGAGGAGAGGGUGUAUCCGCAGUUCCUCUUCACCACCAAUCUGAUUCGUGCCCAGCUGGUCGAUCCUGCCGAGAUGACGGAGGAGAGGAGAGCUGCCGAGGCUAAGAGGAUGAACGAGUCCUCCAAGCGCCGUCUCAUGAUGGGCUUCCAGGGGAAGAAGAAGAAAAACCAGCCGCAGGGCUCGGCAUCGGUAGACCCGGAGGACCAGACUCUGGCUAGCCGUCUCCGUCAACUCAACGCCGAUUCGGCGCCGGCCGGGGCGGCAGCGGUCGGCCCUUCUCCUCGCCGAGGCGCCACUACCGAAGGGACUUCCUCUCGAGCUGCCGGCAAAUGGCCUUUUACCGUCGACCUAGAUGUCGAACCGGCCCCAAAACGCAGACGGCAGGCCGAGCCGACUCGGGCCGUCUUCGCUGCUGACAACGACGAGGAGCCUGCCGAUCCCGUCACCCUGGCCUGUCCGCCGAAGAUGGUUCAGUUUGCGAACCAUAUGAUCCUUGGUUCACAAAUGGAGCUGAACGAGAUCGAGGAGCUGCCGAAGAAGCUCCUUCGAGAGGAGGCGGGUCGCGCCUUCCGUCUUCAAGCAUCGGCUUCGAUGGACAUGUGGCUUUGCAUGAAGCGGGCCAUCAACGCUGCUGAGAAGGCGAAGAAGGCCUAUGAAGACGGCAGGGCCAGGGUUGCCGAGGCUGGCAAGGCUAUCCAGGACCAUGCGAACCUGGCGAAGGAUUUGCAGGCUGCCGAACGGCAGGUCAGGGUAUAUGAGUCCAAGUUCGCGGAUCUGUCGUCAACCCUGGAGUCGGCACAGCUAUCGGCAAAAGAGGCUCUGGAGGCGAAGGAAGCCGUUGAGGUGGCUCUGGAGGAGUCGGAGCGGGCCAAAGCGUCGGAGAUUGAGGCUGCUGUCCAGGAGGCCAUUUAG